AUGUCGAAUCCAGGCAAGACAUACUUUUUUGAGGCAGCCGGUCUCAAGCCAGGAAAUCUUGCACAAGUAAACAUCUAUUACCCCAGAACCUUGAGUAUUACUGCGAUAGAUUCAAAGUUGGUCAUGGAAGGGCCGAAACGUACGGCGAAUAACUGUCAUCGUAUCAAGAUCUUGCGUUUUGUGCCUCUGCCAGACUGGGAGUUCUUAGCAACGCGCCACACGAUUUCCUUUACGCCAUUGCCAAAUUUUGAGACACCGAAACCGCUGCGACCAUUGUUGUCAGCCUGCCAAACUGCCGCCGCAUUGAAAGCUGUUGCACCCUGUGCUGCGGAAGCGGCAGCCUCCUCAGCAGCCCCGGUGCCCGACGGCGGAACGGAGGACAUCGGUCUCGGCAAGGGGGCGGGGCCGGGGCUAAGGGCGCUAAAUAGCAGAGCAGAGGUACUGCCGAAGGCUUUGGUCGCCAGCACUACUGAGGCUGAGGCUGCAGCCGGAGCCGUAGCAACCGCCGCUGCCACAGUAGCAGCUGCAGCGAAUGGUGGUGAUACCGGGGUCGUCAUUGACCGAUUAGCAGCCGGUCGACCACUUGCGCCAGUCGGCCAGCAGUUUGUCGACAGUGGUUCCCACGUGCAUCGCGACUGCCGAGUUACGCAAGUUGACAUGUACGGCAGUACGGCAGCUGCGGGACCCACUGAAUCAGGCCCAUGUCCUGCGCCACCUCUGCCACCGUCGCCACUGCAUCGCUUCGAAGAGAUCGAAGGCCUGGGGGCUGCUGGGAUACAGAGCCGCACCAAUGGCGCGAGCAGCGGCCUGAUGGCCUCCAGCAGUCUCGCCCACGAGGCCAAGGCCGCAACCUCGGGGGCGGCAACGGAGUGGGGUUUCUUUCCCCCCCCUACGGAACCUCAUGUGUUCGACUCUCACCAACUGGGCCCCUUGCCGCCAGCCGCUUCUGUCACAUCUCCGCCAGCUCUGCCGCUACCCCCCCCAGCAGGCUUAAUGGGCGGGCUGUACUUCCAUCCUUACCAGCCGCAACCGCCCAGCCAUUUCCUCACCUUGCUCCCACCAGCGGCCUCAGCUGCAACAUCCCAAAUUCCAGUCCAGGCCCGUGUUGAGCCGGAGGAGCAGGUGCUGAUGCCGGUGCCCUUUAACCCGCCGACGACGACGACGGCCGAGGUGUUGCUGCGGUUGCGCGAGGCGCUUCUAUCGUCUGCUGGGGCCAACUUCGUCUCUGCUGCCCCCUUUCCACAGCAGCCGACUGCCGUCCUACCCGCCGCUGGGGGGCUGGUGGCUGGUGGCGUCACUUGUGCCGCAUUGGCAGGCGACACCUGCGUCGGAGGCGCUGCGGACCGUGGCGUUGGUGAUGACAGCCAUAUGUCCGAGGAGGAUGAACGCGCACUGCCAGCAGAAUGCCCUCAGCAGUACUGUCCUUUGCAGCCAUGGCAGCGGCAACCCCAGCUACAACCGGGGCAGCAGCAAGCUCACCCACACCCUCACGCUCAUAUAGAAUCGGCUCCUGCUGCUCCUGCUGCUCCUGCUGCUGUCGCUGUGUCAUUAGGCCCAGCAGCCCCAUCGGCUCCGGAGCCCAGCGGAGAGGGCCCCCGAAGAGGGCAGGCCUCUCAGGCCACGACGGUCAAACGGCGGUCUGCGGGAGGUGGGGCAGCUCCAGCAGCUGCUGGGGGCUGUCGGCAUGACGCUGGUGGCAGCACUGGUGCUGAAGGUUGUGGUGGAAAUGUGGCUGAUGUUGCCGGCGACGGCGGAGGCACUGGCGGCCGUCGGGCCCAGCGGCGCGGAGAGGCUUCCGAGGGACCAUUCAAGUACAUCGUACAGGUGGGCGACAAAUGGCGAGCCCAGGUCGGGCACCAAGAGAGCGGUGUGCAGCGCAAGUACUACUCGGGCUAUGUACGCAGCGCCGCCCAGGCAGCCCGAGACGCUGACAGACUGCUGUACAAGCUCCGAGGUCCCCACUUUCCGCUCAACUUUCCGCUGUCGGAGUCCGAGCGCAGGAGCCUUGACGCCUUAUCGCUACAGGUGCUCGGCUGGUGCGGGGGCGUGACGAAGCGAAACUAG